AUGCUCGUUGGGCGCGACGAUGAGGCUGUGAAGACUUUGGUCGCUCUUCGUGGGCUGCCAGCCGACCAUCCGUAUGUCGCACGCGAGAUUUCCGAGAUCCGGGGCCAGAUCGAGAGCGAGCAUGUCAAGUAUGGCGAUGCGGCUGGAGGAGGUAUCAAAACCGUCAUGCGAGAGACAUUUCUGGUUCCUGCUAAUCUUCGUCGGGUUCAACAAGCUUGCUUGUCCUACAUCCUCGCUCAGCUAUCGGGAGCCAAUUCAGUGACAAGCUAUCUUGUCCCUAUCUUGACUAUGAUAGGUGUCGGAGGGUCUACCGAUCGGUCUAUGUUCCUGACUGGGAUGUAUUCCAUGUCAAAGUUCUUCUACACACUUAUCGCAUCGUUCUUCUUCAUCGACGCUCUCGGCCGCCGCAAGUCUUUGUUCGUCGGUAUCACUGUUCAAAUGAUCUCCGAUAUUUACAUCGGCGCCUUUCUCAAGUAUAAACAGGCUGGCCCCGUGGCGCCAGGGUCUUCCGAGGGUGCGAUCGCAGCAAUCUACAUCCACGGCUUUGGUUACGCAGUCGGUCUUCUCGUCCUACCCUAUGUCUUUGGUGCUGAGCUGUGGCCGAACAAUAUCAGGUCCUUCGGUAGCGCGCUAUCGCAAAUGUUCCACUGGCUCUUCUACUUCGGUGUCAACAAAGGGACGCCGUCAAUGCUGAAAAGCAUGCACAACUGGGGUACCUUUCUCUUCUUUGCUGGUUGGUGUUUCGUGGCUUUGCUAUACGUCUAUGUGGCAGUGCCUGAAACAGCCGGCCUUAGUAUGGAGGCAACUGACAAGCUGUUUGAAGGCCCAUUCUGGCAGAUGUCGAGACAGGCGAAGAGACAGAGGGAGAUCGGCAUGGUUCUUGAAUCCCCUUCCGGUACUGAUAGUGUGGAGGAGGUGGACGAAGCGUUUCCAAAGGGCGAUAAAGGGGAUGUCGCAAAGGCCGUGUGA